AUGCCACCAAUUCGUUCUCAAAGCUCUAGAAAUUCAAUAGAGCAAGAGGGUAGAAUCGCACUAGCAAUCCAGGCUAUUAAGAACCAAGAAAUUACCACUAUUCGCGAAGCAGCACGCCGUUUUCAGGUGCCCGAAGCUACGCUACGCCGCCGCCGUAGCGGUGUCCAAAACCGUGUUACUUCACGCGCCAACUCUCAUAAAUUGACAGAAAUUGAAGAGAAUUCGCUUCAAAAAUGGAUUCUCUCUAUGGAUCUACGUGGAUCUGCCCCCCGGCCUUCGAUGGUUCGAGAAAUGGCGAAUCUUCUUCUUCAACAACGCGGAACUACCCCAGUUCUUUCAGUCGGCGAGAACUGGGUUACCAACUUUGUGAAAAGACAUCCUGAUCUAUCAUCCCGAUUCUCAAGACGCUAUAAUUAUGAACGUGCGAAGUGCGAAGACCCGAAAGUUAUUGGUGAAUGGUUUACACUCGUUCAAAAAACUAUCCUUGAGAACGGGAUUGAUCCCGACGACAUUUAUAACUUUGACGAGACCGGUUUCGCGAUGGGAUUAACAGCGACUGCAAAGGUUGUUACACGAAGUGAAUAUUAUGGUCGACGCUCACUUUUACAACCUGGAAAUCGUGAGUGGGUGACUACUGUUGAAUGUACAAAUGCUUCAGGGUGGGCGCUCCCUCCGUGUGUGAUCUUUAAAGGCAAAGUUUUUAUUGAAUCUUGGUUCGAUGGCCUUCCUGAAGAUUGGCGAUUUGAAGUGAGUCCUAAUGGCUGGACAUCUGACGAAAUAACUCUUCGUUGGCUCGAAAAACUCUUUAUUCCAUCAACUUCUUUACGCGUGAAGGGACGGUAUCGACUUUUAAUUCUCGAUGGUCAUGGAAGUCAUUUAACCCCAAAAUUCGAUGAACUUUGUGAGAAAAACAACAUUAUUCCAAUCUGUAUGCCUGCACACUCGUCCCACCUUUUACAGCCACUUGAUAUUGGCUGUUUUGCUGUGUUAAAACGUGCAUAUGGUCGGAUAGUCGAAAUGAAGAUGCGGAACGGGAUUAAUCAUAUUGACAAACUUGAUUUUCUCGAGGCUUACCCAUCUGCACGAAUUGAGGCCUUUCACUCUGAUACUAUCAAAAAUAGCUUUGGAGCAGCUGGCUUAGUGCCUUUUUACCCUGAUCGAGUGAUCUCAAAGCUUGAUAUUCAACUUCGAACCCCGACCCCCCCUCAAGCCAGGAUAGUGAGUGGGACCCAAAAACACCUUCGAACUACAUACAAUUACAAAAGCAAGCUUCAUCAAUUAAAGCCCUACUUCGUACGCGUUCGAAAAGCCCUCCAAGUCCACUUAAUUGUGCGAUAA